AUGCAGGCUGCUUCAAGACAUGGAUUGACAGGCCGGUUAUGGCAGCUGUACUUCGGCCCGGCUGCUACAUCUAUACUGAGUAGCAGGUCCACGGCACCACGGUUCAAUCGCCUCCUCCACACUGGCAUCCAAGAAGCAGACGGGAAUGUGGCCCCGGAAGAGCACUCAUCAGCAUCAACAGAAAUAGCACCAACAGAGCAGCCGCUGAUCUACCCAGAUCCUCCGCGCUCUGCCAAGCAUUGUGAUCUGGCUUCUUUCCUCCAGCAUGCUGAAACGGCCAGCCUUGACCCGAAGUCUACCGUUUAUGUCGGCACUCAUUUCGAGUACACUGUUGCUACACAUCUUGCUCCUCUCGGCUUUGAUCUGAGGCGCGUAGGUGGUGCUUCCGAUCGCGGAAUCGAUCUGCUUGGUGUCUGGUCGAUCCCGUGUGACUCCUGGCGUGCGAGUCAUGCUCCCAUCCGCGUGUUACUGCAGUGCAAGGCUGGCGCAGGCCAGCGCAUUGGCCCUCACCUUGUACGGGAACUGGAGGGCGCGUUUAUUGGGGCGCCCGCUGGCUGGCGAUCACGUCCCGCAACCGAUGUUCUAGAGGCGGCGGUCAUCGGCCUGCUGGUAGCUGAAAGACCGGCCACAAAGGGCAUUCGCGAGGCCCUCACCCGCAGCCGGUGGCCCAUGGCCUUUAUGUGCAUCUCCAGCACAGGCCAUCUGAAGCAAAUGCUUUGGAACCAGCGAGCAGAACAGGAGGGUGGGUUUUCUAGCCUUGGCGUUACGCCUUGCUACUCGGAUGAAGGAGCUGGAGCAUCACAUCUCAUCCUCAAUUGGGAAGGCCGGCCUCUCCUUCCCUCCCCGAACACUGCAGCUUGA